AUGUCCCUUCCUAGGAUGGUCCCCAAGCCGUUUGUCAGCUUUUUCUGGGCCUUUGCACUAUUCAGCGUCGCCAUUGCGGCGGAACAAUUCAGGUUCACGGGGCAUCUCGCACGCUUCGUUCCAAACUGCGCAAGCGGGUGCCUCAUCUCUUUUCUCAACGACAACUUUGCCGAGACGUCUUGCGACACGACUACAUCACUCGAGUGUCUGUGUGCUGAGACGGGCACUUCGGGAUUCACCAUUGGCGAGGGCGCAGUCCAAUGUAUCGAAGCGGAACAGUCGAUAGGAUCUUGCGCAGCUGGGGAGAUUGACAACACGGCAUAUUUCAUGUGCGCUGGUCAGCCUAGCGCCGCGCUCCCGACACACACGGCCAUUGAGGCCAUUUUUAUCAUCCCGGCUACUGGUGGUGGCGUCAAGCUGGUUUCCCCCCAGACUUCCACGAGCUCUUCGACGCGAUCCUCAUUGGCGACAACAUCACGUACGCCUACGUCAGCAUCUCGCACAACAAGUAUCACGACUCUGGCAACCUCAACUAGAGAGGCCACUUCAUCCAAUGAAGCCGGGUCCGCCUCAGAUUUGACUCCCACUGAUGUUUCGAGCUCUCAAUUUACCCCUACGCCAGGACCUGCGCAAGCUGAGCCUACCGAUGACGAUUCUGGUGGACUCGGAACGGCACAGCUUGUCGGCCUCUCAGUCGGUGUUGCAGCAGUUGCAGGCAUAUUGAUAGCAGCGUUUGUGCUCGCCCGGCGAAGGAGAAAGAGGCAGCUUUCUGGAUCCGACAACAGGUCGACGUCCAUCACCAAUCGUGACUCCUGGGGUUUUAACCCCAAGGAGGCACAGGACAAUGUUUUCCACAUCUCCCCACCCAUCCACGGCAAAUCACCCUUGCUUCGGCCUGUUGACUAUUCAAGAAAAAGCUGGCGUCCAGACGCCAUUGGCUUGGCCGUGUCACGACCGACAAGCGAGCAGAGGCUGGUCGUCAAGUCUCCCUUCCACCGAAGAACUUCAAGGCUUUUACCGCCGAAGCCAGACUCACCACCAAGGCCGAUGCUGUCGUUGACAAUUCCCAAGGUCAGCCUCACAUUAUCGACCCCCCCUGCCCUUCAUGCAUCCGAAGGGCAAGGUAGACAGCGCCAUCACCAGACAGACUCUCAGAUUCAAGCAGCCCAGGUCGCGCAGCUGACAGCUCCACCGCCUGUUCAUGCUAACCUCCGCGAGAGUACCAUGACGGAAUUCGAAGAGGAUGGCUCUGGGCACCCAUCACUGGUGGGCCGAGGUUUCUCACAGGUCUGGCGACCUCCGUCGUCAAACCCACAGUCUGCAACGACAUAUUAUGUCGCUGACACAUACGGCAAUUGGAUUCUAGGAAACCCAAAAUCGAAGGCCCAAGCUGCCGAGCUUGCUGAAUUAGAGGCACCAACACCAUUGACUGCAUCCACCAGCGGAAAGACGUUCAAAUUGGCGGCUGUGAAUGCAUCUCUAGCUUCACAGGUCGGCAUUGGGCACGGCGCCGGGAGUCCAGUGGCCCCUUCGGCACCCAAGGGACCUGCGCUACCCACGAGCUUGGGUUUGCUUCCACCAGCACACAUCAAGUCGGCUCAAGAUGUGCUACCGGCUCGCCCCCUGACUGUCUGGCCCGGGACCGGACCAGAGCAGAUUGCCCAAGCCCAGAGUCUGCCUGAUCACCAAAUACCUCCCAUGAGCUUCUCCCACCCGGAACCGCCGCGCCGCAGGAGUAACAGCCUCAGUCAAAGCCGUUCACACCGGAAAGGAGUCAGCCAGGACGGCACUGACCGCCACGAUUCCUACAAGUCUCAGCAAUCAGCUACAACCAUUUCCAGCUCGAGCGGAGGCUUCGAUGGAGACGAUGGUGCACCCGAGCCGGGCAGCCUCUCUCCCGUGGUCGAAUCGCCAUACUCGGGUGUCGGGCGAUCCCCAGUCUCCUACCCCGAGAUUCCUGGGCGGUUGAAUAGGUCAAAUCUGCAAGUCAAUCCACCGCCCGUUAGGCCUAUGUAUUCAUCUCCACCCGGCCAGCCUAGUCCGACGCUCGGCCUGAUGCAGCCGGCCGCUGGAGCAGCAUCCAGAGGUCCGAACGAGAUGGCAAGUCAGGUUGUGCCCUCUCGGCAUCCCGACCGAAAGAAGCUUGUGCCAUCGCCAGGCGGGCUGUUGUCGCUUCCCCGUCCUGAUCCAUCACAAUUCAGGACAGGCUCGCCGACGUUGCGCAUGGUACCGCCAUCCCGCUCGCCGUCGUCCUCGCCGCAUCCGCAACCACUACGCCUUCAGCGGCCGCAACCGCAGAGGGCCGACGUCCCGUUGCAGCAGGCACAGGCCGCCAGGAUAUACGAGGCAGAGGGGCCGACAGAUCCGCAACUGGUCCAUCAGGUCUACCGCGCGCUCUGGGCGCCCGAGAACACGACCGCCUACCGUGCGCCUUGGGACGACGACGGCCCCGCGCCGUCGGCGCCCACGACGCACCACGACCAGCACCAGUACCACUGGCACCCGCAGCAGCACCUGCAGCAGCAGCAGCUGCAGCAGAGGCCUGGUCUCCCGCGGCCGAAUCGCUCUGACGGAUCCUCUUCGUGCUCCUCGUUUUCUUCUCUCGCCACCAAGCGUCUGGGCAGCGAGCGCGCGGCCGGCCUGGCUCUGCAGAGCGAUGAGUUGGCGGCAGGCAACCGGUGGCGCCGCAACAACCGCGACGGCGAGCAGGAGAACACCAACACCUUCUCCCGAGACGAGCAGUCGCUGCAGCCCCCGACGACCCCUGGAUGGCACCCUACGCUUACCCCGACCAGGAGGGGUGAUGAUCUAUUCCUCGACGUACGGUAG